CUUGCCCUCCUCUGAGCCAUCCGCCGUUGCCAAGGUUUCCGUGUACGCGCUGCCUGCGAGAGCGGAGCUGCGCGAUUGUCAUACAGUAGUGUCAGACAUGGCGGCGGAUCUACAGCCCGAGUGGAUUUCUUGUCUCCCUUCUUCCUGGAGUUAUGGGGUUACUCGAGAUGGACGUGUCUUCUUCAUUAACGAAGAAGCCAAGAGUACAACCUGGCUGCAUCCAGUAAGUGGCGAGGCGGUAAUAACCGGACACAGAAAAACUCCAGACCUACCCACUGGAUGGGAAGAAGGAUAUACUUUCGAGGGAGCCCGGUGCUUUAUCAAUCACAAUGAGCGGAAGGUGACCUGCAAGCAUCCUGUCUCCAACUUACCCUCACAAGACAACUGUAUCUUUGUCGUCAACGAACAAUCUGCCUCCAAAGUGCCGGCGAAUGAGAAGAAAGAACGGCCACUGAGCACCAUGAGUGAGGCCUCCAACUACACAGGCGGCUCGGACUACGCCGCAAACCCCAGCAGCCCAGCAGGAAGACCCUCAAGACCCUCCAAAAAAGUCCAUAACUUUGGGAAGAGAUCCAACUCCAUCAGGAGGAAUCCCAGUGCCCCGGUCAUCAAGAGAAACUGGCUUUAUAAGCAGGACAGUACGGGGAUGAAGCUGUGGAAGAAGAGAUGGUUUGUGCUGUCUGACCUGUGCCUCUUCUACUACAGAGAUGAAAAAGAGGAGGGAAUACUUGGCAGCAUCCUCCUACCAAGCUUUCAUAUAUCCAUGCUGUCUGUGGAUGAUCAUAUUAACAGAAAAUAUGCCUUCAAGGCCACACAUCCCAACAUGCGAACAUACUAUUUUUGCACCGACACAGCCAAAGAGAUGGAGUCAUGGAUGAAAGUAAUGACAGAUGCUGCACUUGUUCAAGCGGAACCAGUCAAAAGGUUAAACAAGCUAAAAGUGGAGCAGUGUGGACCACAAGAGAUCAAUCAUUUGGCCAACCACAGGCCACAGCUCACGCAGCCUGAAAUCCAGAACAAUGAACGCAACCGUGAGGUGGACCGUGAGCACGCUGCAGCAGUCCCAGCAACCACAGUACAAGAAGAUAGGAAGCAGCGAGACGCUGAGCGCUACGGCUUCCAGAAAGAUGGGGAGGAGCGAAAGCGCCCCCUCACCAAGAUCAACAGUAUAAAACUGAAUCAAACUCAGGCAGCCCAGACUUUGAUGAUCAAGGAUAACAUCACCUCGCCGCAGACUCCAGCAGAGAUAGAUGGGCCACAUCGCAGCCCCCAGGUCAAUGGGUCUGGUGAGCAGUGUCAGGAGGGGACCGGAGCGCCUCCUCAGAGAAGUCCCACCCAUGAGCCAGACCGCACCCUGAGCAGGACCAGUUCUAUGCAGCAACUGGAGCACUGGGUCCGCACACAAAGAGGGCGCAGCCAAGACGAUGACACCAGGAGCAUUACGUCAUACCAGACACUGCCGAGAAACAUGCCAAGCCAUCGGGUGCCCUACAUGCCUAAUUAUGGCGAUGGCUACUGCAGUAUGCCCAGGAGUAGCAUGGCACAGCGGGACAGUAUCUGCAGCAUGUCGCCGUCGUUGUACGACCAGGCCCUGGGUCCCUCACCAGCCGAUAAGCGCCGCUCCAUGCGCGAUGACACCAUGUGGCAGUUAUUUGAGUGGCAGCAAAGGCAGGCCUACACCAGGCAGCCAGGGCUCUACAGCAAUAUGGCCAGUCCCAAAACAAUGAUCAAUCUGUCGGAACAUGCCGCACCAAGCCACUCCAUUCCCCCCUCGCCCUCCCACGGCUCCCUGUCCAUGUACGGUGGCUACUCACCUAUGCGAUCCUACAACAUGCACAGCACUCGUUCGGAGGUGUCCUCUCCCAUCUACAGAAGAGACUUGGGCUUUGAAAGACGGCACAUGCCCCAGCUCAGCAAGUAUGCCUACACACCUGAUAGGAGGUCUAUGCCUGCAGGGAUCCCAGUUCAGACUGUCACUGCCCAGUCUCUCCAAGGCAAAACACCUGAGGAACUGACUCUGCUGCUGAUAAAGCUGCGGCGGCAGCAGGCAGAGCUAAACAGUAUCCGGGAGCACACUGUAGCACAGCUUAUGCAACUAAACAUGGAUGGCGACAACCCAAAGAACGACAUUCUCUCCCAUCACCUCCAAAGGAACCUCAUGUAUUUGGACAAUCAGAUGAAGGAAAAUGACCCUUUAAUCGUCAUGACUCACACUUUGAUUGAGAACUCUGCCCCAAGGUCUCAACUUUACCAGCAACUGAGUCCAGAAGACUACAGGGAACACGCCUAUACAUGUAGGCCAGAAGAGCUGGACUUUGAUGCCAAACUUAGCAGGUUGUGUGAGCAGGAUAAACUGUUGAGGACACAAGAGGACAAACUUCAGCAGCUGUACAGAGAGAAGCACACCCUGGAGACAGCGCUGCUGUCAGCCAGCCAGGAGAUAGAGAUGGGCUCCGAUAACCCUGCUGCCUUGCAGAGUGUCAUCCAGCAGAGAGACUUACUGCAGAGCGGCCUGCUCAGCACCUGCAGAGAGCUUUCCAGAGUCACAGCCGAGCUGGAGCGAUCGUGUAGGGAGUACGACAAGCUUGAAGGAGAUGUGACUCUGGCUAAGAACAACCUGCUGGAGCAACUUGAAGCACUAGGAAGCCCUCAGACGGAGCCUCCCAGCCAGCAGCACGUCCGCAUCCAGAAAGAACUUUGGAGGAUUCAAGAUGUGAUGGAGGCUCUCAAUAAACAUAAAGCUCAGAGAAAUGCCGUUGAUGGUGUCAACUCCUACGGACCCACGGCCAACUUCGGCAAGCACAGAAAUGAGGAGGAGGACUUGGUACCCCCACGGCCACCCCUGCCUCAGUCCUAUGAGCCCAACCCCCCCGCCGUGCCCCCUCUGCCCUCUCGUGCUGGCGUUCGCCCUUCAUCCCUCCACAGGCCGGAGGACAGGAAGGCCAAUCACAGGAAUGGCACGCACAGCGGCCCAGACUACAGGCUGUAUAAGAGCGAACCUGAGCUCACCACAGUGACAGAAGUAGAUGAGAGCAAUGGAGAAGACAGAUCAGAACACCCGUCUGAACAUUCUGGAAACAAAGGGGUGUCCUAUCCAGUUGGUAUUGUCCCACCCAGGACCAAAUCCCCAGUGCCGGAAUCUUCCUCCAUUGCUUCAUAUGUUACCUUAAGGAAGAGUAAGAAGACUGAGCCCAGGGCGGAGCGUCCACGCAGCGCGGUGGAGCAGCAGCUGUGUGCUGUGGAGAGCAGCCGGCCCAGGAUGAGCGUGGAGGAGCAGCUGGAGAGGAUUCGCCGCCACCAACAGGGUGCCCUCAGGGAGAAGAAGAAAGGCCUCAGCUUCCGAGGAGGCAGCCAGGAAAACGCGCCCUCUCGCAGUCACUCAUUUACUAAAGAAAACCAUUUUCGCAGCAUGCAGUCUCAAAUGAGGCGCAGAGAUGAGGUGAUCAGCAGUGACAUUCAAGAGCUGGAGGCCUCACUGAGGCAGCAGGAGGUAGUGAGGGAGCAGGAGACGCCCGCCGAGGAGAUCGCCCGCCUCAAAGAAGCCUCGCAGGCUGACCACUUAAAUGUAGACCGAGAGCUUUCUGUGCCUGACAAAGUGCUGAUUCCUGAGCGUUAUGUGGAGUCAGACCCUGAGGAGCCUCUGAGCCCUGAGCAAGAGGCUGAGAAGCAGAGAAAAGUUGAUCGCAUCAAAGCCCUCAUUGCCAAAAACAGCAUGCAGAAUGUGCUGCCCAGUAUGGCUAUAAGCCCAGAGGAGGAGACUGAAGAGGAGGUUACCAUACAGGAGAAAGAGAAGAUGAUUAAUAUCUCCUACGAGCUGGCAGCAGAGGCCUCUAAACGCAGCAAGCUGGUAGCAGUGAAAAGCCUGUCGCCCUCUUCCUCACCCCUUCCACAGUCUCCUAACACACCCCCUCAACUCACUGAUGGGUCUCACUUCAUGUGUGUCUAGUAACACCACACAGGCUCUGGCCUCAGUGAAAACCUACACGUGAAGGAAAUGGCAGUGGAGGUAUAAAAAUGCCUCCGAAGACUUCCCCAAAAGACAUCAGCACAAGGCUUCAGCUUACAGGAGCAGAAACUGCCCAGUCUGUACUCUGGGGUGUUAACUUCUGUGUAUGCUCACUGUGAUGUCUUAAGCUCUGAUGCCACCAGUGACACUUUUUCUGUGUGACAUUGCUCUGUUAUUGCCGGUCUUUGAGGCAACGCACUCUCCUCAACCCGGUGAGACAAUAUAGCUUUGAUACUGUUAUUGUUGCAGUUUCAUUUUCAGUUUUUAAAAGGCUUUUAAGGUUAUUUUUCAUAUAUGUGUGUGUGCGUGUGUGUGUGUGUGUAUGUGUGUGUGUGUAUGUGUAUACAUAUACACACACACACACGCAUACACAUACAUAUAUAUGAUUAAGGAUGCACGAUAUGUACUUUUUUCAGUUGAUAAUUACCUGCUUCUCAUGGCCAGUUCUGAUAAGAUAACAAAGAUGGAUGUUGUAAUAAUCCAUCACUCUAAUAGGAUUUGUUAUGCUAAAGCUUUACUAUUUUCCUCCUCUCAGAGCCCUUGUGGAACAUGUAUUACAAAUUGCAAUUGCUGUCUUCCUCUUAAAAAAAACAAAAAACAAAAACAAAAUCCACACUGUUAACAACUUUUUCACCUUCUUCAUCCUCUUCAUUUUCUUCUUGCUGGUUGGUGGAUUGCAAACCAGCUUAAGAAGUGCAUACCACCUCUGUAUCAGACUGUGUGUUGCUGUGCUUGUGAAGUCAAUAAAAGCAAUUUGGCUUUAUAUUACCAGCUCUACUUAUCGGCUAUAAUUUCAUUACCAGGUGAUAAUUUAUUGGUAUAUAUCGUGCACCCCUUAUAGACAUAUAUAUAUGUUAAGUAUAUAUGUUCAGUUAAUUUUUUUUUCGUCUCUCAGUUUUAUUUUUCAGACCUCGACCAUAAUCUAUCCACUCAUAUUUAUCAAUGUAAAGAACUUUUGCCGAUGCGACGGUUGGUUAUAUAAAAGACGUAGAUCCCUCCGUUAUAAUGCAAGGAUGGGCCACUUUAUUGCUGCAGACUAAGGUUAUUUGUAAUUUCUUCCUGUUUCUGGGUUGUAAUUAUUUAAAAAUGGGAUCCUCUGCAGUCCCUGUCGCAUCGUUGCCGACACAUAUGUGAAUGUCUUGGCUUUAGUCGCUCUCUAUACUGUCAAUUUUUUUUUUCUUUGCUGAGACAUGUAUGUAAACUGAGAGAAGGAAAAUAAAAUCUGAGUUUUUGCUAUGACAUGUUGGUUUGAAGUUUUAAAACAAAGAAAAAGGAUUAGCACAUGUAAAAAGCAAUAAAAAUAAAACAUUUAUGGAUCCAGGAUUAUUUUUUUGUGUGUGUACAAAGUGUAAUUAUCAGAGGUUUACUGUGUAUAUAAUGUACAUGGUACAGUAGGAUGGUACAAUGUAUCCAACAUAUGGUUACAUACUAGAUUUGAUUUGCAAAUGUUCAUAUUCCAUCUGUUUUAUAACAUGUUAAAUAAAUGUUUCUGUUCUUAACAAA